AUGUCAAAUCAAGAAAAUUUACAUCCAUACUUGAAGAGACCAUCAAUAAAACGACCACUUAAUCUAUUGGUACGACUCAGUGCCAAUUUUUCAGAAAUUCGACUUCCUUAUUUAGAUGAUGUUUCAUUACCAAAAUCUCCUUUGGAAAAAGAUAAAACUAUUCAUCAAUGUGAACCAGUAGAUAUAAAAUCCGAUUAUGAUAUUGAAGGUUGUACUGUGGGUAGAAAUAGUUUUCUGUAUGAAUUAGAAGAAAUUGAUGCCACUAGUAGUUAUUAUGAUUAUGAUGAUGAUGAUGAUAUGAAAAGUAAUAAUAUCAGUAUUUCUCAAACUACUUUAGCCAUGUCAACUUCAACAACAACAGCAACACUAACAGAAAUGGGUAAUUCAUCAACCAUUAAAAAUUUUAAACCAAAAGAAUAUUAUUAUGAAGCUGAUGCUGGUGAUGGUACUCAUGCUAUUGAUCAAUAUGUCACUGGUUUUAGAUUAGGUUUAACACUUUUCAGUUGUAUUAUUUCAUUAUUUUUAGUAGUUUUAGAUCAAACUAUAGUGACAACAAUUAUUAGUGAUGUUGGUAAUAAAUUUAAAUCAUUUGAUAAAAUUGGUUGGUUAACUUCAGGAUAUCUUUUACCAAUGGCAUGUUUAUCAUUAUUAAAUAGUAAAAUUGCUAUAAUAUUUGGAAGAAAAAAUUGUCUUUUAAUGGGAAUAUUAAUAUUUGAAAUUGGUUCAUUAAUAGCUGCUUUAUCAAAAAAUAUGUCAAUGUUAAUUGGUGCUAGAGUAAUACAAGGUUUAGGUGGUGGUACUAUUCAAUCAAUGAUUUCUAUAAUUUUAACAGAAUCAGUUCCAAUUUCUAAAAGAUCAUUAUCAUAUGCAUUAUUAGGAAUCACUUAUUCUUGUAGUUUUUUGGGUCCAAUUAUUGGUGCAGCAAUAUUAACUCAUUUAAAUUGGCGAUGGUGUUUUUAUAUAAAUUUACCUAUUGGUGGAACAGCAUUUAUUGUUCUUUUAAUAGGAUUUAAUCCUCCUAAAGUAACAGGAAAUAUUAAAGAUAAACUUAAAAAAAUCGAUUAUAUGGGGAUUUUUUUAUUAACUACUGGACUUGUUUUAAUUUUAUUAGGUCUAUCAUUUGGUGGUAGUAAAGAAUUUAAAUGGAAUUCAGGUUAUAUUAUUCAAAAUUUUAUUGUUGGAGGAUUUCUGAUUAUGGCAUUUUUAAUAUGGACAUUUAAAUAUUCUCCAAAUCCAAUGAUUUUAUCAAUUUUUAUUAAAAAAUUUACUAUAUUAUGUGCUUGUAUUUCUGCAUUUACCAAUUUUGCCGUAUUUAUUGCUUUAAUUACUUAUUUAGCAACUUAUUUUCAAGUUGUUUUUAAUAAAUCUGCUUUUAAAUCAUCAAUUGCCAUUUUACCAAUGAUUGUAUCGGUGGUAAUUGCUUCAAUGUUAAAUGGACCUUUUAUUCGUCGUACAAGAAAUGUGAAAAUACCUAUGAUAAUUUCUGGAAUUUUUGCUCCUGUUGGAGCAACAUUAUUAUUAAUGUUGGAUAAAGAUGCUAAUAAUUCUAAACAAAUUGGUUGUCAAAUUGUUAUAGGAGUAUCUAUUGGAUUACAAUUCCAACCAUCAUUAUUAUCUGCUCAACUUGAAUUACCCAAAGAUGUUGAAGGAUCAUUAAUAAUGAUCACAGUAUUUAUGUCAUUUUUGAAAUCAUUAGGAGGUACUUUGGGUGUUAUUAUAGCUCAACUUGUUUAUAAUAAUUCUGUGCUGGUUAAUUUUAAAAAUUUACUUAAUGAUUUGGAUACUACUUCUAUUCAGUAUAAAACUAUUCUGAGAUUUAAUGCUAAUGAAAUUGUUGCUACUCCAGAUCUUUUAUGGUCAGCAAUACCAGAUUCAAAUAUUCGUGGACUCGUUUUAGAUAAAGUUAUUGUUCACGCUCUUAAGAAUGUGUAUUAUGUAUCGAUUGGUCUUGGUGUUGUUUGUGCCAUUGCAUCUUUGUGGACAACUAAUAAAAAAGUCCCUAAAGAUGAAGAUGUUCGUAAAUGA